GUUUCCCAAUAGCUGUUAAGAUUCAAUCUUAUGCGAUAGCUUUGAAGUAUAAACACAACACAUCAACGGUUGAAGAAUUUGGUAACAAUAAGUCAAGCCUAUCUAAGCGAACAUUGCUAAUUAUCGCAGUCUUCUCUCACGCUCACCAAACCCCUUUUCCUUGUCACCUCUAUCAUUGCGGCGACUCAGUGUUAAUACCGGAGUAUCAUAGCUCACUUUCCAAUACCAAAAUGUCGUACAAAAUACGGGAGGCAGCUCAUUCGGACAUCCCAUCCCUCAUAGACGUCUAUUUCGAUGCAUUCGGUGACCACCCUGUCACUCGACGAGUCUUCAACUCAAAUCCAGAACAUGUGCGAAAGUUUUGGUUGGACCCGCUAGCUUCUGGCCUGCAAAAACCAACCGAGCAUUUCUUGGUUUUGACUGACCCAAGUUCUUCGACACCGGAAAGGAUCAUCGCAUUUGGAAUAUGGCGGGAGUUCUUCACGACGGCAUCCCCCCCUCCGCCACCGGCAGCCGUUAGUUGGCCAGAAGAUGCUGACCUGGCCUGUGUCGAAGAAUUCUUCGGGACCAUAGGGAAAAUGCACAAGCAGAUCAUGGAGAGCCGUCCGCAUUGGUACCUGGAUAUUCUGGGUGUUCGAAAGGAUUCUCGGGGGAAAGGCGCGGGUAAGCAGCUGCUGAGAUGGGGCAUAGCUAGAGUCGACGACGCAGGUCUCGAAGCUUUCCUUGCAGCCAGCCCAGCUGGAGCUCCUCUUUGGUAUGUAUGAAAACAUCCCGUGUUGCUAUUUUGGAACUCCCUUUCUAGAACGGUCUCAAAAUUGCCUUCGUAGGGUAUACAGUGGCUAACGCUCAGUAGUAAGUGUGACGACCCUAUCAUU